UUUUCGACUUCUUAAAACGGUUCUUAAAGAUACCUGAUCGCCAUGGUUUCUGCCUCACUUGUAAGAUGUUAUGCAGUGUUCUACGUAGCGACCAUCCUGCUGGCUGUCUUAUGUCCGGUGUUUCCAGCGUCUGUUCCAGAGGAGGAUCAUCCCAGACAGAAGCGUGCCAUCCCUCUUGUAUACGUUGGGGCAAUGGUAGCACCACACAUAUUCAGGUAUCUAGUGACGACCUUUGGAGCAGCUGCAGUUACCGCUGCAGGUGUCAAAAUUGCAAAAAGGAUAAGUGACCGUGACAGCCAUUCUUGUAGAGGUAACAGAGGUUGGUGUAGGAGUAGUUGCCGGUCUUACGAACGAGAAGAUAGGGGUAGAUCUGACGUUUGCGGGCGGUACAAAUGUUGUGUACCCAAGUAG